AAAACAUGUUGUCUUGAAACAAGUGAAAGUCUGGAGGAAGUUUUGCUUAAAAUUUGUAUUUUGUUCCUGAACUGUUUGUACUUUUACCAAUAUGUGAGUCCAUAGGGAGAUUAUAUUUGUUCACCAAGGUAAUGGAUGAUAWUAUGAACGAGGAAAAASUYCGRGAACAGAUAAAAAAUGGAGGGGUAUCCGRUGCCGAGGAAGGAGAAGAMGACGAAUCAUCKUCGUCUCAAAGGAGAUCAAAACACUCCAAAAAACACAAGCAUAAACAUGCUAAAAAGCACAAACACAAGCAUAAAAAGAAGAAAAGCAAGAGAAAGUCUUCUUCGCGCUCCAGAUCAAGAUCUUCAAGCCGUUCUCGUUCAAAAUCCCCAGAUAAAAUUGUGAAAAGGGAUGACGAGUCGUUUGACACUUCUUGCUUUGAAACUUAUGACAUAGCGUCUUUUAAACUCGAAAAGUCACUCUCUAGAAGUCCAAGUCCAAAAAAUAAAGACAAUACAGAAAAAGGAGAUGAAAACCCGCAAGAAAMGCUUUCGAAACAGACGGAAAARMACRGAAAAGAYRGAUCAGAAUCACCSCCUUUYUAUACYGAGCAAGAUCUUUUAGAAAGAGAURGGAUUCUACCUAUUAGCAAAUCAACAGCUACAAAAACAGCUACAGUUGAUGAUUUAGAUACUGAAAAGACUUUACAAUCAGAAARYGAGCCCCAAAUCACAUUAGUUAAUAAAAGUGCAAAGGAAACYRUUMUGGAAAAUCCUCUGUCAAAAUCAGAAAAUGUUAAGGMCAGCYCAUUAUUAGUAGAKGAAGCUAAGAAAAGUAAAUCUAAGUCCCCUUUGAAUUCUAAAAAGAGAUCAAAAUCCAGAUCAAGAUCACCAAAAUCUAAAAAAAGAAAAAGUGCAAGUCGUUCCAAAUCCAGAAGUAAAAGYCCAARGACAAAACUCUCWAGAAAUUCUCGCUCAAGAUCAUCAUCUUAUGAAAGGAAGAAACCAAGRAAGAAAUCAAGAUCAAGAAGUUUGUCUUCGAAAAGUAGAAGUAGGUCUCCAAGAAGAAAGAGACACAGUAGCAAAGAUAGAAGGAGAAGUAAGAGUAUAGAACGCAAGAGAAGUAGAAGCAGAGACAGAAGGGGCAAAAGUACAGAUCGAAGAAGAAGUAGAAGCAGAGAGCGAAAGAGAAGYCGAAGUAGAGAUCGAAGAAGUCGAAGUCCCCAAAGAGGAAGUCGUAGGUCAUAUCGUGGCACCCCACCAAGAAAAGGUCKCAGAGAUUCUUCAUAUGAUCRAAGAACYUCAAGAAGACAAAGUAAUUACCGAAGGUCAAGGUCAGCAUCACCAAGGAAACRAUCUUCAAGACGUUCAAGGUCAAGGUCACCACAGAGAAGGUACCGUGGAAGGUCAAGRUCACCAKCWAGACAAGGGUAUCRGAAUAGAAGCAGGUCAAAGUCACGAUCUAGACGAAGUAGAUCAAGAUCUUACUCUUCAAGACGAAGAAGAAGUAGGACACGCUCUAGAUCGAAAUCCAGAGACAGAUCAAAAAGACGAUCAAGAUCCAAAUCAGAUGAUUCAAAUACCGACAGCAAGAAAACAGCUGAGAAGGAAACGACUUCAACAAACCCAACUGCUGCAAAGGAUUUAGUUGGCAAAGCACCAACUGUCAGUGAUCCYUCUAAUAAAAAAUCCCUUGCAAUGCUGACAGAGUUUUGUAAGAAGUUGACAGAGGCWAGAGGAAUUGCAGACAAUAAUGAAAAGGAAACUAAUGAGGAAGCAAAGGAGGAGGAAGAGGAAGAGGAGGAAAGUGUUAUUUCCCAUCCAUUCUUGGUGGCUCCUAAAAAGGAUAUUACUAUACCACAAGUUAUAUUUCCAGUCAAGCCUAUGUUGCCACCWGUAAACAUGAUUGACACUAGUAAACCAUUAAUGGAACAAUUUCCAGUGUCUUGUGGUACAAAACAUCAUGAAAAAGAGACAGAAGACUCUUCACUUGUCACUACCAUUCCUAAUAUUAAUGRCUCAGCAGCCGUUCAGCCUCCACAGACUGUAUUCCAACAACCACAGAUACAAGAGAAACUAGACAUCAGUAGUUUAGUUGUCAAGAGAAUGGAUGCUCAGAGAAGACUACAAGCUGAUGCAAACGAUGUAGAYGCCAUGCUUGCCUUGCAAGAAAUUGAAAUGAAGCUUAACAACUGGUGUCAGUCUAAUGUCAAACCUGGUCAAUUCACUGGACAGCUGGCUAAACAGAUGAUGCCGAAAGAGAAGAUGAAUGCUGGCUUUCAGGCUUGGGCUAAAAAGGAUAUGUUCCAAAAUCUAAAUCCAGUCAGUAGUGGAAUUGGGAUGAAGCUACUUCAAAAGAUGGGCUGGGCACCUGGUCAAGUACUGGGUAAAAGUGGUAAGGGCAUGGUGGAACCCAUUGCUCUACCUGUAAAGGUUGACCGAAAAGGCUUGAGUUCUACUAUGGAAAGACCUCUUGGAAAGAAAGGUGGACCCGUUGUUCAAAAUUUAAAUGCUAAGACGCCAAUGGACCUGCAAGGCAAGCAUCCAAUAUCAUUGCUACAGGAGUACUGUGCAAGGAGGAAGUGGAAUGUCCCAGAAUUCACCUUGAUCUUUGAUGAAGGUCCCCCUCAUUCUAAGCAGUUCCUCUUUAAGGUGUUAGURAAUGGCUAUGAAUAUCAAAAUCCUGUUGUCAGUGGCAACAAGAAGCAUGCCAAGGCUCAGGCCGCUGUGGCUGCCUUGAAGGGACUUGGUUUGGUGCCAGAGGAUGCUCAGUUUUAGAAAGUGGACAAAGGGACUGAAAAUGAUUUUCGUUAUACAUCAGUGUGAGAGACACAUUGUAAAGAGUUCAUAGAAGGUCAUUGUUUUAGUGGUGCUGUGUGUCCUUUGGUAGAUUAGAAAUACUASUAACUUGAUUUCUAUCAGGGUCUCUAGGGUUGCGGGACUGUGGAGGAGGAAUCCUUUGUCCAUUCCCCCUCUGCUUCCUUCUCUGAAAAGACCUGAUACUUACGCUAUGUUUGAAGUGUUUCUAAUCCAAUUUGUGCACAAAAAUGUGUGAAAAGAUGAAGGAAAACAAAAAAAGGAUUGAAUUUGAAUKUUUUAGUUAAGAACAAAAAUAGAUUCUGAAAUGAAAAUAACUCUAUUUCAUGUUUUCUUGUAUUUUUUGUUUACACUUAACAGUGUACCACUCUAAACCUUAAAAUAGAAAUAGUGUACUUUAGCAAUCUAAUUUGCGCUGUCGUAGCCUCAAUCGUUUGCAAAAGAUGCAGUUUAGAUAAAACUCCUUUGAAUUUCAAACUAUUUUAUUUGUCUUCUGUAAGACAGAUCGUUUGCACACAAUUGAGGCUAAUGCAGUGAAAAAGAGAUUGCUAAAAGCRUUUGUUCUUGUAGUAGAGUGUUGAUAAAUAGAAGUAAAUAAACAACUUGAAGAAA